CACUUGGCGAGCGAGAGGAGCGCCGGGGCGGGCGGCCAUGGGCAGCCGCGGGGUCGCCGCGGGCUCUGCCCGGCGGACAGAUUAAGGAUGUCUGCUCAGCUGUUGAUCACAGAAGACACCGUCUGUGAGGCUGUUCCUGUGCACAGAGGUGUCCGUUUGACCACUCCCUUAUGAUGCAGAUACAUCACCCUGGGAAUCGCUGAAGCCGUUUUGUGCUGGAGGCACUGCUGAGAUUUCCCCUCGCAGCAAUGGACUUGGAUAAACCGUCCGUUUGGGGAUCCCUGAAACAAAAAACUAGACCGUUCCUGCAAAACCUAAGUGUGAGGAAGACAAAGAAGAGGUCUAGCAAAAUGGUGGAGAGAAAAAUCCACUCCUUGGACCGACGCCUCAGCGUGUCAGUGCCUGACAUGCUGGAGGUUGAGACUCUGACGGAAGAAGAAACAACUUACUCAAGUACUCGGGUGUUGACAAGCUGCUCCUCAGAGAGCUUCUCUAGGUCUAUGGGGUCUAUGAAAAGUAGAAGCUCUUCAGUGAGGCCAUCAGCAGAGGGCUGGCCAUGGGCAUCCCAGCAGGCAGCAGACACGGAUGUGACAGCCACGCAGCUAGAUGUGCGAGGCGUGGGCAGCGCCGUGUCCGAGGCGAAGAGGAAAUCCAGCGCUGACCUCUUUGAGCUGCUGCAGAGUGCCCGACUGAGCACAGCUCUGACAGAUGAGGGGUCAGAGUACCCAUGUGGAGAAAUGGAUCUAGACUCUUCCAUAUCAUCUCAAAUUUUUGAUGAUCAAAUGGCUCCAGAGGAAGCAAACGACUGCUUGAGUGACCUGCCCAGCCCCUUUGCCUACCUGCUGACCAUCCACCUGAAAGAAGGCCGGAACCUGGUUAUCCGAGAUCGCUGUGGUACAAGUGACCCGUAUGUGAAGUUUAAACUGAAUGGGAAAACUCUUUAUAAAAGUAAAGUAGUCUACAAGAACCUCAACCCAGUCUGGGAUGAGACUGUUGUGCUGCCCGUACAGACCCUCGAUCAAAAACUCUGGAUCAAGGUGUACGAUCGAGAUUUAACCUCUUCGGACUUCAUGGGUUCGGCAUUUGUAGCACUCGCUGAACUUGAACUCAAUAGAACUACUGAACAGGUUUUAAAACUGGAAGAUCCCAACAGUUUAGAAGAUGACAUGGGAGUGAUUGUAUUAAACUUGAGUCUAGCAGUCAAGCAAGGAGACUUCAAGAGAAAUAGGUGGUCAAGUCGGAAGAAGCGAACUUCAUCCAAGUCGAGUUUCAUGCGGAGUGUGCGACUCUCUGACUCCUUGCACAAGAACCAGUUGUGGAACGGGCUGGUGACCAUCACGCUCUUGGAGGGGAAGAACAUCCCCGGAGGGGGCUUGGCAGAAGUUUUUAUUCUCCUCAAACUGGGAGAUCAAAGAUAUAAGAGUAAGACACUGUGUAAGAGUGCAAAUCCUCAGUGGAGGGAACAGUUUGAUUUUCACUACUUCUCUGACAGGAAGGAUAUGUUGGACAUUGAAGUCUGGAGAAAGGAUAACAAAAAGCACAAGGAGCUUUUGGGAACGUGCCAAGUUGACGUUACUGCCCUGCCAAUGAAGCAGACCAAUUGCUUAGAGCUACCUCUGGAAAAACAUCCGGGGUCCCUGCUAAUGUUGAUAGCUGUUGCCCCAUGUACAGGAGUGUCUGUCUCCGAUCUGUGUGUCUGUCCUUUGGGAGACCCCAGUGAACGGCAACAGAUUUCCCAGCGCUAUUCUAUAAAGAAUUCCUUUCGGGACAUAAAGGACAUUGGCUUCUUACAAGUCAAAGUUUUAAAGGCGAUGGACCUGCUGGCAGCAGAUUUUGCAGGUAAAAGUGAUCCUUUCUGUGUAUUAGAGCUGGGAAAUGACAGUCUUCAAACACACACCAUUUACAAGAACCUCAAUCCAGAGUGGAACAAAGUUUUCACAUUCCCUAUCAAAGACAUUCAUGAUGUUCUGGAAGUGACAGUGUUUGAUGAAGAUGGAGACAAACCGCCUGAUUUUCUUGGAAAAGUUGCUAUCCCUUUGCUGUCUAUUAGAAACGGUAAACAAAGUUGUUACACGCUGAAGAAUAAAGACUUGGAACGUGCUUCAAAAGGAGUAAUUUACUUGGAGCUGGAUGUCCUGUUUAAUCCUGUAAAAGCAAGUAUUAGGACAUUCAAACCCCGAGAAAAGCGCUUUACUGAGGAGAACUGCAAAUUUUCUAAAAAGAUCUUAUCAAGAAAUGUUGAUCGCGUGAAAAAAAUCACCAUGGCAAUAUGGAAUACAAUACAAUUCCUUCGGAGCUGCUUUCUCUGGGAGUCCACAGUAAAGAGCGUGAUAGCAUUUGUGGUAUUUGUGGUCACCGUCUGGAGCGUGGAACUGUACAUGGUGCCCCUGGCUCUGCUGGUGCUCUUUGCAUACAACUUCUCCCUCAUCAGAACAGGGAAGGUCAACAACACUCAAGAUGCCCAGGAGCUUAUGGGUUUGGAUGAAGAUGAGGAUGAAGAUGAUAAGGAAUCUGAGAAAAAGGGGUUAAUUGAGAGAAUCCACAUGGUCCAAGAGAUCAUCAUAGCUGUUCAAAGCAUCCUAGAAGAAAUAGCAUCAUUUGGAGAGAGGAUUAAAAAUACAUUUAACUGGACGGUGCCUUUCCUCUCUGUCCUGGCCUGCUUGGUCCUGGCAGCAGCAACAGUCAUUUUGUAUUUUAUACCACUGAGGUACAUUAUUUUAAUCUGGGGCAUAAAUAAAUUUACUAAGAAGCUUAGAAAUCCCUAUGCCAUCGACAAUAAUGAGCUCCUAGAUUUCCUCUCCAGGGUACCUUCUGAUGUUCAAAAGGUGCAGCAUGCUGAAUUGAAACCAUACAGCAGCUCCAGCCCCAUUCGGAAGAAGCGGAGUGCACUAUAGGAUGCGGCUGCGUUUUGGAAUGCAGCAUCUCCCUCCCUACCCCCUACACGUGCUUCCCCUCUCCACUUCUUGCUUCAGAACAACACUAUAAUCACUGCCUCAGCCUUUUCUUUUUUGAAGGUGUAUUUUGAGAAACACCUGUAUUGAGUUGUCUCUUUUGGGUUGUCUUUUCAGCACAAAGUUGUAGCCCCCAAAAAGAGCAAUGUAGAAUGAAUGAACUGGUUUGUGGAGUGGGGAGGAGAAUGGGAGAGAGGAUGGUGCAGCUAGCUGCACCUUAAUUUUUUCUUCUUUUUUUUUUUUUUUCUGUUCUUCUUCCCCCUACAUUGCAGGGGCAAGACUGGAUGUGGCAGCACUCCCUGUUUUAUGUGGGAAGAGAUAAUUCCGCUUAGUGUAGCAGAUCAGCUGAGCUGAUGUGAGGAGGUGCUCUGAAACAGUUUUUAACAUACCCAACAGAUUUACAUUAAGAUAUGAGAGCUAUUCUUUUCUGAGUUAAAUCAUUGUGCCUAGAAAGGUUUAAGCUCUGAAUUAACGAGCCUUUGAUACCCAUCUUCUGUUCAAGCAGUGUACAUUUUAAAAAGUUUUUUAUCAUAAUUAGCAGAAAGAGCUUGGAGCUCCAACAGUAUCUCAAUAUUUCAUCCAGCACUUGUGGGUUUUUCUUUUUCCUUUUUUUUUUUCCUUUUUUUUCUUUUUUUUUUUAAAGGCCACCCUGUGGUUAACUCUUUAGAUACUGGAAUGCUCAGAGAUCCAUUGCUGGCAAUGGAUGCACUAGAACUUUCUGUCAUGAAAGGACUAAGAGACUGUAAAAAAGCCUAAGUCACUGACCUGAAAAGACUCUGUUGACUUGCCUUUCAUAAUUCCAUCUCAUCAGAUAUUUCCAGCAUGGCUGUUGUUUUCCUAUCUAAAUCCAGAGGGGUCAACACUACAGAUCCAAGAUAAAAUACAUUUUCUAGCCUUAAAGAAACAAGUGCUUGUGCAGAAAGAGACCACAGUGCCCAAAAGACAUGGGUUGUGCAAUAGUGUGCAGGCUUUGGUCCGCCACUGAUGUCUUGUUGGAGUCUUUCCUGGCGGUUCUUAAAGAGAAGAUCGGAAAGUGAAGUCAUAUGGAAACUGAGCAAUGAAGAGAAAGAAGGAAAGACCCCAUUUUCUAUUCUGAAGAGAAUGUGAUUUCUUGCUUGCUUACCAAUCUUUUAGCUAUUGUGCUUUUGCUUUAUAUGAUUCAGGUAACUAGCAUUAUUCAUGUUAUUUGACUGGGGAAACUGAAAUACAGAAUCACGUGUAAGCCUGCUUAAUUUCAGUGAAAGGUGAGACCCGUUGGUCUCGUGUGAUGUUGUGGGAGCGACUUGCCACCACAAGUCAUUGGUAACACCAGAGCUGGAGGUGCUUCUUGUGAUUCCCAGGAAGGAGUUACUACUUGUGGGUAGUUCACAGUACAAAGAGAUAGAAAAACCCAAGAGACAGGUUUCUUUUUAAGAGAAGAUGACUUUGGAAGUCAUCAGGUGAGGUAAAUCAGAACCUUGCUUAUGGAUUAGCAAUCCAAAUGAAGUCGUGACGCGUGGUUCAGUAGUGGAAUCUUGUGGGCCUGUGGUGCGAAUUCAAAGAAGGAAAAUUAACACUAGACCACUGGAUUAUUAACCAGAUUCAGUGUUUUUCCCAGAAGUUUGUUUGUCAAAGUAACAAGCCCCACUGUGCCUUUGAAGAAGGAGAGGCACAUUUUCAUACACUCGAUUGGGUAAAGAAUGUAUUUUGUUUAUGCAAAGAGAGAGAAAAUAGAUUAUCCUGGUUUAAAAAAAAAAACCCACAAAAAUGCCUCUGUGUUGUGCAUGUGUGCUCAUAUACCCAUACAUACACAGAGUUGUGUAUAAAAAAGAGUACAUGUAUAAUGUAUUUAUAGUUGAGUGUGUGUGGGAAAAUGGGUGAAUAUACAGAUUUUAAAACUUUGAAGUGUUUAUGAAAAAUGCCAAAGAUUCUAAAGCUUAUCAUCUUGCGUCUGUUCUUCUUCAUUUUGUAUCUUUCCCGGCAUGUCUCUCUGGCUGAGCCAGAUCUCUGCAUGAUUUGAUUUACUUGAACUUAAUGAAGUUGGUUGGAAAGAGCCUUGUAGAAAUUACAAAAUCUCCAGUAAAUCUCCUUCUUGUACAUACAAUAGAUGUCCACGGACCGGACCCCUUUUGUUAAACCAGUUUCUCAAUCUUCUGUAUAAACAAUGCCUCAUUGUUUCGCUUCAAGCUGUCAUCUGGCUUAUCAUACUGUAGUCUUGCCAUGUUGUAAGGACCAAAGUCAGACAUAUUUAAGCAGGCAUGUGACAUCUGACUGUUGAUUUGAGUGAAAACGUUCAACUGAAGAAAAAUUGUUUAUUUAUUCAGAAGUUGGGACUGAUACUUUAAUAGUUUUUUUCUUGUUUUUUUUUUUUCACAUGGAACUGAUUUCUCUUCAGGUGACAGGGUGGUUGGGGUUUUUUCUGUCUCGUUUUGGGAUUUCUUUUGUGUAGAUAUGUUGUGUUGCAGAAUGUUUUGUAUUACAUUGUUAUGCUGGAGACUUACCAAAUGAAGGGAUUUGGUUGGUCCAGUACUUAUAUAUGUUGUA